GUGCCUAUAUAUGCACGUGGAGCAUCCACGCCAAUGAAGCCAUUCGCAAUUGGUAACGCACAAAGCUCCGUCGCUAGUUUAUAGCCCGCGCCAGCCCACCACCUCGCCGUCCACCGGUCCCCAAACUCCAGCAGCCUAGAGAUGGCCCUCGUGUUCGACGCAGCGGCCCUGAGCAGGAAGUCUGACAUCCCGGAGCAGUUCGUCUGGCCGGCCGAGGAGGCGCCGACCGUCGGCGCCGUGGAGGAGAUCGCCGUCCCAGUCGUCGACCUCGCGGGGUUCCUGGCCGGCGGCGCCGGGGCUGGCGACGGCCUCCGCGACCUCGCCGCGGCGUGCGAGCGGCAUGGGUUCUUCCAGGUGGUGAACCACGGCGUGGACCCCAAGCUGCUCGCCGAGGCGUACCGCUGCUGCGACGCCUUCUACGCGCGGCCGAUCGACGAGAAGCGGCGCGCGCAGCGGCGCCCCGGGGAGAACUACGGCUACGCGGGGAGCUUCGUGGGGCGGUUCAACAGCAGGCUUCCCUGGAAGGAGACCAUGUCCUUCAACUGCUCCGCCGCGCCGGAGAACUCCCGCAUGGUCGUCGACUACUUCGUCGCCGUCCUCGGCGAGGAAUACCGCCACAUGGGAGAGGUGUACCAAAAGUACUGCGACGAGAUGACACGGCUGGCACUCGACGUGACGGACGUCCUGGCGACUUGCCUGGGCCUCCGCCGCGGCGCGCUGCGCGACUUCUUUGAAGGGGACAACUCCGUGAUGCGGCUGAACAACUACCCGCCGUGCCCGCAGCCUCACCUGACACUGGGCACGGGCCCGCACCACGACCCGACGUCGCUGACGCUGCUCCACCAGGACGAGGUCGGCGGGCUCCAGGUGUUCACCGGCGGCGCGUGGCGCGCCGUGCGGCCCCGGAGCGACGCCUUCGUGGUCAACAUCGGCGACACCUUCGCCGCGCUAACCAACGGGCGCCACAUCAGCUGCCUCCACCGCGCCGUCGUGAACGGCCGCGCCGCGCGCAGGUCGCUCACCUUCUUCCUCAACCCGCAGCUGGACCGCCCCGUCGUGCCGCCGCCCGAGCUGCUUGCCGUCGACGGCCGCCCGCGCGCGUACCCGGACUUCACCUGGCGCGAGUUCCUCGAGUUCACGCAGAAGCAGUACCGGUCCGACGCGAGCACCCUGGACGCCUUCGUCGCUUGGAUGCGCAGGGCCGAGGCCGUGGAGGGCACCAUGGACGACGGCCAGAACAAGAAUGAAGGGAUCUCUAAGAACUAGUGUGAUCUGAGAAUGCGAAGAAACUAUUUAGCCAAUUUAGGUGGAUGUGGAUUUUGAUGGAAUGUAAUAAAAGAACCCAUGCUAUUAUGCAUGCAUGUUAGAGCAUGUAAAAUGGUUGUUAAGACCGUGUUAUCUCAAUCAUCUAGUUGUUGGAUA